AUCUAUAGCUUCCUUGUCUCUACUCUCUCUCUCUUUCUUUCUCUCUCCUUGUACAUAUAUAGACCGACUACUUUUUUCUAGUCUCAUGUGGAAGCCAGUAGCUUUUUUUACUAAAUUUAUUCCACUUCUCACAGAUCUAGUCCCCCGGCUCCUAAAGUACCCUCCAUAAUAUAUAUAUAGGAUAUAAAUAUAAAUAUAUAUAUAUUUAAUAAUAUUUAUAAUUAUAUUCUAAAAUCCCAAUCUCCCUCUCUUUGAUGAAGAUCACAGGCACCCAUCCAUCAACAUCCUUGAUCUCACCAUUUCUCACCCCCAUGCAUGAAACCAUUCAAUUUAGUAUCUUUGCCUCUGCCAAAGGAAACUGAUCAAACAAAACAACACCCACAUCUAAAAUUUUUUUUUCUUUCCCACAUACCUAUCUUUCUCUCUUUCUCUCUUUUUGCAAUUGCAAGUGCAAUGAUGUCACAAGAUAACAUUCCGGCGAAGCCCGUGACAAAAGAUGAGAACCAAGGCUCCGCCGGUAGCCGGAAAACAGCGGCGGCAAGGCCACCAGAGCAAGGUCUAAAGUGCCCACGUUGUGACUCACCAAACACUAAAUUCUGCUACUACAACAACUACAGUCUCACACAGCCAAGGCAUUUCUGCAAGACUUGUAGAAGGUACUGGACAAAAGGUGGGGCCUUGAGAAACGUUCCCAUUGGUGGUGGUUGCCGGAAAAACAAGAAGGUCAAGUCAUCUUCAAGGCUGUCUUGUGACUCCAAAGACUCUGGUUCAUCAUCUUCAGAGAUCGGUGGUUUGAAAUUCUUCCAUGGUUUAUCUCCUACAGCCAUGGAUUUUCAACUUGGUGGGUUAUCAUUCCCAAGACUUCAUCACCCUCCAACUACUGGUGUUUACAACCAGUUUUCUUCUUUUGGACUUGGAGAUGUUUCUGCUACUUUGGCUUCUGGAAGUGUUACUAGUCCUUGUUUUGCUCUUGAUCCAUCUGGAACCUCUAAUUCUCUGAUGGGUUUUAAUUAUCCUAAUAAUAGCGGUGUUGGUUUUAGUGCUCCAGCUCAGAACACGAGCACUCUCAACGUUCACAGCAGUCUUGCUUCUUCUAUAGAAUCUCUGAGUUCUAUAAACCAAGACUUGCACUGGAAGCUGCAACAGCAGAGGCUAGCUAUGCUAUUUGGUGGAGAUACUCACAAGGAUAACAGCGUUUCCUCAGUUCCUCUUGAAAACCACGCACAGAAACCACAACCCAUUGUUUUUCAGAACCUGGAGAUUUCAAAACCGGAAGCUUGUGGUGUUGAAAACUCAAGAAAAGAAGGUGGUACAAGUGGUGACACACCAACUGAGUGGUUCUUUGGGAACUCUUAUGGGUCAGUGACUCCUACUCCAACCGACAGUGAAGGCAAUCGUGGUAAUGACAACGCGAGCAACUGGAAUGGAAUUCAAGCAUGGGGGGGUGACUUGCAACAAUAUAGUGCUUUGCCCUAGAUGAUGAGGGGCAUCAAGAGGUAGCUAGAGAGCUUAAUUAAAGGAUGGUGAAAAUAGGGAAAAUGUGAAACUAUCUGAAACUCAUUUAGGUAUAUGUUUGUUUUUGUUUGUUUGUUUAUUUUUCUUUUGUGGGUGCAGAUCAAAAUGUAAAAGUUGCGAAAAGGAGAUAGUGUUUUAUUCUAAAAUUAAUCAAGCUAAUAUUUUUAUUAUUUUAUGUUGAUCAUUUGCCAUAAUUAGUUCUUCUUUUGGU